UCGCGCUCCCGAUCCGUUUACAUGCACGCUCGUUCCGCACUCGCAUCCACAGGAGGUGCCUUGAUUUGACCGAGUCGUCUUCUACUGUCAGGAAAGUGCAACGUACAACGGCAGCCUUUGCUAUUCAAUAAACCUGUCGUUGAUCGGAAGGCACAUACGAGCCCCCCUCCCCUCCCCCUCAAAGACUGUUUGAAAGCGACUGAUUUGUGGAUACGAUGGCGGAAUCGGGCAGCAGCGCGGCGGCGGCAGGAGCCGCGGGCUCGAAUAGCAGCGCCACCGGGGCCGGAGGAGCUGUCGCGCCCGGGGGAGCGAAUGGAGCAGCGGGAUCCAAGCCUGGCCUGGAAUCAGUGAAGGGACAGAAUUUUGACGUUGGCCCCCGCUACACCGACCUCCAGUACAUCGGGGAGGGGGCCUACGGGAUGGUCUGCUCAGCUUUUGAUCAUGUGAAUAAGAUCCGAGUGGCCAUUAAGAAGAUCAGUCCGUUUGAACACCAGACGUACUGCCAGCGCACCCUGAGGGAGAUCAAAAUCCUUCUGCGGUUCCGCCAUGAGAACAUCAUUGGCAUCAAUGACAUCUUGAGAGCACGCCGCAUCGACUAUAUGAGAGAUGUCUAUAUCGUACAGGACCUGAUGGAGACCGACCUUUACAAAUUGCUGAAGACACAGCAACUCAGCAAUGACCAUAUCUGCUACUUUCUGUACCAGAUCCUGCGAGGGCUGAAAUACAUUCACUCUGCCAAUGUGCUACACAGAGACCUAAAGCCCUCGAACCUUCUCAUCAACACCACCUGUGACCUCAAGAUCUGUGACUUUGGGCUGGCUCGGAUAGCCGACCCAGAGCAUGACCAUACCGGAUUCCUUACAGAGUAUGUGGCUACUCGUUGGUACCGUGCCCCUGAGAUCAUGCUCAAUUCCAAGGGCUACACUAAGUCCAUUGAUAUUUGGUCAGUGGGUUGCAUCCUGGCUGAGAUGUUGUCAAACAGACCCAUCUUCCCAGGGAAGCACUAUCUGGACCAACUCAACCACAUAUUGGGUAUUUUGGGCUCCCCUUCUCAAGAUGAUCUCAGUUGCAUUAUCAACAUGAAGGCCAGGAACUACCUCCAGUCUUUACCCCAGAAACCGAAAAUCCCAUGGAACAAACUGUUCCCCAAAGCAGACAACAAAGCUCUGGAUUUGUUGGACCGUAUGUUAACCUUUAACCCCAUCAAACGUAUAACCGUUGAGGAAGCACUGGCCCACCCCUACCUGGAGCAGUACUAUGACCCCUCUGAUGAGCCAGUGGCUGAAGAACCCUUCACCUUCAAUAUGGAGCUGGACGACCUACCUAAAGAGAAGCUGAAAGAGCUCAUCUUUGAGGAGACGGCACGCUUCCAGGCAACCUACCAGGGCUCCUGAGAGGGAAAGCCAUCACGGAAAAUGACCUAGCAGUGUGAAGUCUCCGAUUACGAUAACUCCAGGCAACCUGCGAAAACAUAUACAUGCAUACAUAUAUUACAAAACAAGUUAAAAAAAUAAAUAAAUAAAAAAAUUAAAAAAAGAGGAAAAAUGUACAUUUAAAAUUUCAGCUUUCUUUGAUCUGUCCAUCUCUCUUGCUGGGAAGCUGUGUGCAAGUUUGGGCUUAUAACCUGUUAUCAUAACGCCAUUAACGGGGGCUGUCUGACUCACUAUUCUCAGAUUUCUCUUGUCUAUCCAUCUCUUGCUGGGAAUCUGUGUGCAAAUUUGGGCUUAUAACCUCGUAUCGUAACGCCAUUAAUGGGGGCUGUCAGACUCACUAUUCUCAUUGCAUAUCUCAUACAGCUCCUACUCUGAAACAAUUGCAUCUUUCACCCUUUCUGUCCAUCUCUCUCUGUUUCUAUUCAGAUCUUUCUCUUUGUGUCUCUCUAUCUCUCUCUCUCAAGGGUGUCUCUUUACUGGUCUGUGUUGUUCAAGGUGUUUUUUUUUUUUCAUUUCAGCAGAGAUGUAGAGAGAAGGCGAAUCUUUACGAUGGGCACUGACUAGUGUGUGUAUAUAAGUGGUUUUAAGUUUAACUGGAGUAUUGUAAGUUGGAGAUCUGUUUGUACACUGUAAUUUGAACAUUACGAUCAGUUGCAAAUCGUGUUUUGUAAUGUUGGGAAUUUGGGAAUUUAUAUAUUUGAAUAUCUUUUGAAAAUAUAAAAUAAUUGCUUGUUUCUUUUUUUUUUUUAUUAAUUCAAAGACAAAUUGUGUUACAUAAUGAGCUUUGACUUUUUUCUUUUAUCUUAUAUGUUUUUUUUCUAUUGUGAAAAAGAGGUCUUGUUUUGAUUCCUGAUGAUAAAUAUUUAAAGUUAAAGAGAAAUGGUAGGAUACAAAGAGGAAAGAGAGCCAGAUAUGGAAUAGUAUCCCGGUUGUCAUCUGCUGUGAAAUAUCAUGUUCUUCAACAUCUGUGCAGAAUCUGUGACAAUUUUCUUGCCAAUGGUCUUGGAAAACGAAGCCAUCAGUAUCGUCUUUUAUAUGCUGGCUUUCUUUCCCUCGUUCACAUUUUCUACAACCUGUUCAUUUUCUCCUCCAUAUUGGUUUAUUUCAUUGAGGUUCUUUGGUGUGCUGACCUUCAUCAUUCAUUCUUUUCCCUUUUUGGGGGGUUGAUAUGGAUUUCUUUGUGGAUAACAAUAGUUGUCAUUGGUUACCAUGGCUACUGUUGCCAUGAUUCCUUUCUGAUAAGCCACACAUAGUUCCCCACAUUCUGGCUUUGUUCUUAGUGCAAACAUUGGUCCUUCACUCUACGUUAAGACUUCUUUCUUUUGCAUCAACCUUUUUUUCUUCACUUGUCCUGGAUCGUUUGAGGAAUCAUAGCCAAGCUUAACUCUUUUAGAGCCAUAGCACAUUUUUUCUCACCUCCUUCCUGUGAUGUCAGAACUUUUCAAAGGGCUUUUCCACAUUGCUUGCUGACCUCAUGCCUCUCUUUCCUGUUAUUGGCUAACAUUGUGUUUAUCUAGUCCCCGAGUGGCUGUCUCUGCAUGCAUUGCAUUACAGGUAAAAUCGUGAUUUGCCCCCGCUUGCAAAAUGACUUUUUGUUAUUCUAAGUGAAUAAACCCCACCCCUACACAGUUUUUAGCAAAAUCAUCAUUGCUUUUGGCCAGUCAUGCAUGAGGAAAGCAUGUUCAAGUGGAAAGAGUUAAAAUGGCACAGUGUGUAUCUGUUUUACAUAAAUACAGGGUGUUAUUUGCAAAAAUUAAUACACAACCCUCUGUGUAAAACCCCAUUGAGACAAGCCCAGACAGCAGAGCAAUUUCACCUGGUGAAAGCACAUUCGCACGUCAAUCACUUGAGAUUACUCAAUCAGUGCACCUGCACUUUGUGUCUCAUGACCAAACUUUUUGUUCAGUUUUGUUCUGUUUCCGUUAUAUCUAUUCCUGUGUUGGGGUGGAAACUUUAUUAUGCUCCUUUUCCGUCUUAUUUCUGUCUGUAUCCUUUCUAUGCUUUUGUCCUUAUAUUUUCUUCAGUCCCCCACCCCACUCAUUUGGGUGAAGCGUAACAGACAAUGACUGUCGGUUGCGUCCUAUGUCUGUACAUCUGUCUGUUUCAACCUGAAGCUGCUCUUCUCUGCUUCCUCAUGAGGAGGGGAUAUCAUCCCACUCUGUGACCUGAGGGAAACAAUUCAUUACCAAGGCAAAGGUUAUUUAUAUUACUGUAUUGUCAGCAAUUGCUAAUGAAUGGGACCAUGGGGACUGUCAACAGUCUUAUUACAAAGAUACACACUUACACACACAUACAGUACAUGCACACAUGUAAACCUGCACGCAUAAAGUAUAUGAUUUGAAAAGCCUACAAAGGAGGCAUAUAUCAUAAUGUCCUUUUAAUGGCUGUUAUUAUGAUUAUUGCUGGUGUUAUAUUGGUGAGGUUUGUUUUAUUAUUAUUAUUAUUAUUAUUAUUAUUAUUAUUAUGAAACUGAAAAGGGAUUUCAAACUUUUGUCCUUUUAAAAGUAUGUUUUGCGUUUGUUUCAUUUUUUCGCUUUAGGUGUGAAAAUAAUUGUCUGUUCACUCUUUCUGAAGUCUAUUUUUCCCUGAAUCUUAUAAGGAAUUAUUUUAAAAGAUUACUAAAACAUAUGGGUAGAUUUUCAAGAGACAUGAGCUAUGGAUGGUUAUAAUAGAAGGUUGUAUAUGCUUAUGAUUAUAAUAAAUUGAACAAUUAACAAAAACUGAAUUCUAUACAUAAAUAAAAUUCCUGAUACUGUUAAGUCUUUGUGUGUGAAGAUCAUUUUAAUACUGCCUGAAUGCUUUUUACCAAAAAAGACUGACAUUCAACUUGAUGCAUAUUUAAAAGGGAGAUAGUUUAGUAGAAAUGUGGAAACUGCACAUUUGGCUUAAUAUAAUUUUCCACAUGCCAAACUGAAAUCUGUAUGACACUUUACCAGAGCAGUCUUCCAUCUCUUCACUUUGUGUACACAUACAACAGGAAAUUUGUUAGAUUUAUUCAAAUUGUAUUGGCACUAAAUUAUAUACAGAUUGUCUUUAGCUUCCGCCUUUCUCUCAUAGAUUAUGUUAAUGAUGUGUUUGAUAGAAACAGUAUGACCUCAACUUGCUUCAGUCUUGAAAAUGGCUUUAGGGCUCAUUCCAAACAUUACCUGUUUAUUGAGAAUAAGCUGCAGUAACACUUACCUGUAGUCAUAUUCUCAUUAGUCUUUGAAUCAUAAAGGGAGUGGGAAUGGCACUCAAAACAAAUUCACAUUAAUUGUAAGUAGAGGCUUGGCAAAUUAUUAGUUAUGAAUGGUCUUUCCUGACACUGCAGAUAUAAGUAUUUCACUGCUUACUUAUUGCCCAAUUCCCUGUGUUCCCAUUUAAUGGGAAUUCUAUUACCUUUUCUUUAGUCUUAAAUCAGCUAAGUUACCUGUCCAGUUGGACCACUCCCUCUUCAAAAACAUGUACCAGCAUGGGCUGAGAAUUCUGCUGCAAGGCAUUCUCCUCUUAAAGCCAUACUGAGCUGUUUGGGUUGUGGGUGUGCUUGCAUACUUGUCUCAUAUGACUGAUUUAUAUACAAAACCAAACUUUGUAAACCAUGAAAAGCUGUGUUAUUUAACAGAAGUCCAUUGUAAAUAAUAUUAAAUUGAGGUGAACUGGUAUGCUGUGUUAGGGAAGAUACUUUGAAUCUGUAGCUUCCCAAGCUACAAGCUUCUCAUGAUUUACAGAAGCUAAGCUACAGUCAAACUACACUUCUAAAAAAGUAGUUAGCUACACUACAAGCUACUAACAAAAAGUAGUUAACUGCUUUGAAGCUAUAUAAAUAAUUAAAUAAUAUCAGCUUAUAUAGUUUAGUCAAAACUACAGUAUCAUCUUAAAAGAAUAUUAUGUGUUCAAGGCAAGUCAAGCUCAAUCGACUGCAUUGGUGGUAUAAUAUUGUUAACCACAAAAAUGUAUUUUGUCUUCAGGUCAUGUUUGUAUCCAUAAAAUGUUAAAAUACUGUUUUAAAGGGGACCUAUUAUGCAAAAUUCACUUUUACAUGGUGUUUGAACAUAAAUGUGUGUUGGCAGUGUGUGUAAACAACCACCCUAUAAUGAUAAAAAUCCACCCAGUCCUUUUUUUUAAUCCCCAUUAAUCAUAAGCUGUUCGCAGAUUCUGUACAAAGUGAUGUCACUUUGUACAGGCCCUGCCCACGACUGUUGAUGGACACUGUCGACAGACAUGUUUGUUUGUGUGUUGUUUCGUUGUAGCGCAUAGCAAACAUUGUAACAGUAUUUGUGUGUUCGUGUGUUGCUCAUCCAUCAUUGCAAAACUGCUAAAAACUCCACAA